AUGUCCCCAGUCUACAUGCAGCUCAGCGCAGGACGCCCUACAACUUCGUACAUCGCAACGCUGGACCGGUGCAAAAAUGAAAUUCUUUACAUCCCUCUUACUUGGUGUUUCUUUGACCAAUUUCUUCGUGUCUGCGUUACCAUUCUCUGGGAGGACACACAACUCUUGGCUCGUACUGACCGUGACGAUUUUGCGAAACAUGGAACGUAUAACAAGAAGGAUGUGGUCAAAUUUGUCAAAAAGAUCCCUUUGGCGAAAUUGAGCGGCUUCGGCGAUUCUACUCGAGUGAUACACUCGGUUGACGAAAACAAUAAACCGGCCAGAAACCGAGAAGAGAAACAAGACAGUGGGUUCCGGCUUGACAACCAAGGGAAGACUUGCCCGGGGGAGGACUACCACAAUCUUCAGGUGCAGAUAAAUGGUCAGGUCAAAGGCAAGUCCACUGUUGGCGGUAUCCUUGUAAAAGGUGAUAUGAGCCCCAAACGUGUUCGGGCGAAACUUAUACACGCAGUCAUGCACCCUGACAAAGUGCGUCAAUAUGCCAAGGGUGAGCCCAAGCGUAAGGCGCAAGCCGGACACUCACCUGACAAGUCGCGAAAACGUCCGAAAAAUGGAAAUAAAGGUCCGAAAGGUGGAAAUAAACCGAAAAGUGGAAAGGCCAAGCACAAGUAG